UUGGAUACAGAUGAUAAACCAGGGUCACAUUGGGUAGCUUUAUAUAUCGAUACGAAUGACGUCGGUCAAUAUUUUGAUUCAUAUGGACGAUCACCUGUACGAUAUCAUCUAGAGUUUUUAAAAAGGAAUUGUAAAAGAUGGAACUGGAAUGUUGAUAGGAUUCAGAAUGAGGAUGCAACAUCUCUUCGCAGCGCCAAUGAAUCGAGCAUGUUCAGCACUGGACUUGUGGAGGGUUCUAAUGAUAAUGAUGAUGAAUCGAAAUCAGUGCGUUUCUUCAGCUACAUUGCGACUUACUAG